AUGGCUACUUCUGUUAGAAAUAUUGUAGUUGCUACUACUUUAGCAUUGUUUGAUGAGACUAGCAGCAGUUCGUCAGACGAAGAUGAUGAAAUUCAACCUCUUCUUGCUCUGGCUAUAGUUCGUCGCAAAAAAGCAAAAGUUGAAAAUUAUGUUGAAGAAGUGGUUCCUCGUUACACUUUAGACGACUUUAGGCGUUUCUUUAGAAUGACAAGAGAUACAUUUGAAGUGAUUUGUCAACAACUUGGAACAGUAUUGCCAAGGUACCAAACUGCCCGUCCAUCUGGACGACCUGCCAUACCUCUUCAAAACCAGCUGAUGAUAUUUCUUUGGUAUAUCGGCAGUCUUGAGCCUCUAUGUAGAAUCGGAGAUCGAUUUAAUGUGACCGAGUUCUCAGUGUUACGCAUUCGUCGAAGGAUUUGUAAAAUGUUGUUAAGACAUUUCAAGUCUAAAUAUAUAAAAUGGCCAGAUGGACAAGAUCAACAAACUGUCAUGAAUGCAUUCAGAGAGAAAAAGGAGUUUCCACUUGUAAUUGGAGCUUUAGACAGUACCCAUAUACAAAUUAGACCUCCUAAGGAGCAUCCACAAACCUACGUUAACCGUAAAGGCUACCAUUCAAUCGUUCUCCAGUGUGUAUGUAGAGAGGAUAUGAGGUUUACACAUUGUUUUGCUGGAUGGCCUGGGAGUUGCCAUGACUCUAGGGUGUUAAAGAACACAGACUUGUUUCAGAAUGCACAGCAUUUAUGUCAGGGUGGACACUUAAUAGGAGACGGUGGGUUUCCAUUGAAGGAAUGGUUGAUGACCCCAUUUCGAGAAAUAGGACUCUGA